CUCCUUCUCUCUAUCGCACACUUUCAUGCGUGGUGUGAUGGAGAUAGUUUUGUAUAUCCCCUUCCUUUACUCAAUUAUUCACCUGGUGUGCGUCAAAAAUAAAAGAAACACCCAUACACACACACAAACACAUAUCCAUAUACAGCAAUCCGCAUCGGUCCGUCCGGCACUGCAUGGUCGAUCGUUAUAUUCCCGCACGGUUCGCUUAUUCAUCCGUUCGGCAAAAUUAUUGCCACAUUUAUAGCAAACAAGAAAAAUAAACCUUCUCAACGCUGGACACAUGUGCAUCUUCGACGUGGAUGGGGCGAUAGUUCAAUAGUGGUCUUGUGUGAAAAAAAGUACAGAGCGCGGUGGAAAACAUGCUGCUCGCACUAGCACGGCGUACUGUGUCGGCAUGGAAACCGCUCCACAGGGCGGUAGUACCUGGUUUUCCGCCGUCGUCCGUUCAAACGCUCCUGGGCACAACGGCCACGGUGCGAUGGAAAUCGAAACGACAGAAAAUUGAGCUGAAGCGUCGGCUGAAGGCGGAAGCGAAGGAAAAGGAAAAGCAGGAAAAGAGCUUACUGGCGAAGAAUGAUCAAAGUGCCGGUAAGUCUGGCGAUCAGCCGGAUGCGUCCAACCAGAGGAAGGUCCAACCGGCAAAGGAGAAUAUGGAAGAGAUCUCCCCGAACGAGUACUUCAAGCUACGCAGUACGGCCGUGGCCGAACUGAAGAAGGAUCCCGAAACGCAUCCUUACCCGCACAAGUUCACCGUUUCGAUCUCGCUGGGCGAAUUUAUCGAGCGGUACAACGGGCUGCAGGACGGCGAAACGCUGGACAGUGUGACGGUGAGCGUAGCAGGCCGUGUACACGCGAUCCGUGAGUCUGGGGUGAAGCUCAUCUUCUUCGAUUUGCGCGGCGAAGGAUUAAAGCUGCAAGUGAUGGCGAACGCGAAGACGUACGAAAGUGAGGAGCUGUUCUUUGAGGAAACGGCGCGGUUACGUCGCGGUGACAUUAUCGGUGUGACCGGUAUGCCGGGAAAGACCAAGAAGGGAGAACUGUCUGCGAUGGCGCGAAGGAUAAAGCUGCUUUCACCGUGUCUGCACAUGUUGCCCCAUCUGCAUUACGGGCUAAAGGAUAAGGAGACGCGGUUCCGGCAGCGAUAUCUAGAUCUGAUGCUGAACAACAAUGUACGCAAUAUUUUCGUGACGCGAGCACUCAUCAUCAGCUACGUGAGGCGCUUCUUCGACAAUCUGGGCUUCCUGGAGGUCGAAACACCGAUGAUGAAUAUGAUUGCGGGCGGUGCGACGGCUAAACCGUUCAUCACGCACCACAACGACUUGAAUAUGGAUCUGUUUCUGCGCAUUGCACCCGAGCUUUAUCUGAAGAUGUUGACCGUCGGUGGGCUUGACCGGGUGUACGAGAUUGGGCGACAGUUCCGCAACGAAGGCAUCGAUCUAACGCACAAUCCGGAGUUUACGACGUGCGAGUUCUAUAUGGCGUACGCGGAUUACAACGACAUUAUAGACAUCACGCAAAAGUUGCUAUCCGGCAUGGUGCACGCCAUCCACGGAUCGUACAAGAUCAAGUAUCAUCCGGAUGGGCCGGACGGGCAGGAGUACGAGGUUGAUUUUACGCCCCCGUUCAAACGCAUCUCGAUGAUCAGCUCGCUGGAAGAGAUUCUCAAGGUGCGGUUUCCACCGGCAGACCAGUUACACACACCGGAGGCGGUCCAGUUUCUCGAUGCGCUUUGUGUGAAGCACGAGGUGGAUUGUAAGCCACCGCGUACGGCCGCCCGUCUGCUGGACAAGCUCGUCGGUGAGUUUUUGGAGGAGACUUGCAUUAACCCGACGUUCAUCUGCGACCAUCCGCAAAUUAUGAGCCCGCUAGCGAAGUACCAUCGUAGCAUGACGGGCCUCACCGAGCGGUUCGAGCUGUUCGUGAUGCGCAAAGAGGUUUGCAACGCGUACACCGAGUUGAACGAUCCGGCCGUACAGCGGGAACGGUUCGAACAGCAGGCCGCGGACAAGGCGGCCGGUGACGAUGAGGCACAGAUGGUCGAUGAAAAUUUCUGUACCGCGCUCGAGUACGGACUGCCGCCAACUGGUGGGUGGGGUAUGGGCAUCGACCGGCUGACGAUGUUCCUGACCGAUUCGAACAACAUCAAGGAGGUGCUGCUAUUCCCGGCCAUGAAGCCGGACGAUCCAAACCGUAAACAUCCGGCCGCGGCGGCCAAUGGGGAGGACGCGACGGAUGUGUAGAAUGCUUCGGACGCACAUUAUCCGCGUCCUCGUUAUGUCCACCAGUUGGAAGCAUUAUGUAUCGUUUGAUCGAUUAAAAAAUCUACUUGAAAAUGUCAA